AUGUUUUUGCUAAUCAAUAUUGUUCUCACCUUGUGGUUCUCCUGUGCUCGUGGGCAAGUGAAACCUUGUGAUGUUCCAGUAAUAAAACAUGGAAGGUUAUAUUAUGCAUUUAAAGGAUACUUUCCAGCGAGUGUAGGUCAACAGUUUUCCUAUCGCUGCAACCGGUAUUUUGUGACUCCUUCACAAAGUUCCUGGGAUUACAUGACUUGCACCCUGAAAGGAUGGUCUCCAGAAGUGCCCUGCCUCAGACAAUGCACUUUCAAUUAUUUGGAAAAUGGAUAUUACACAAACUCCCAAGAAAACUAUUUACAAGGUAAAACUGUAAGAGUCCGCUGCCAUGAUGGCUAUAGUCUUCACAAUAAUCAGAACACGAUGACUUGCACAGAGAAGGGCUGGUACCCUCCUCCAAUAUGUGUCCGCGUCGGACUUCCCUGUGGACUUCCACCUUCAAUUCAGAAUGGUGCUGUACGUCACAAGAAAGACAGUUACCAAUAUGGAGAAAAAGUCACAUACACCUGUGACGAAGGAUUUAGGAUUUAUGGAUUUGCGUCUAUAAGAUGUUUAGGAGGAAAAUGGUCCCGUACACCAAAAUGCAGAAGCACAGAUUGUUUUAACUUGCCCAGCUUUGAUGAUGCUGUACUCACAGGCAAGAAGAAGAAAUCAUAUAGAUCAGGAGAACAAGUGGCUUUUAAAUGUCGACCGUAUUAUCAGCUGGAUGGAUCCAACACUAUACAGUGUGUUAAGAGCAAAUGGAUAGGAAGGCCAGUGUGCAGAGAUGUUUCCUGUGUGAAUCCACCCAGAGUGGAAAAUGCAGUUAUACAAAGUGAGAAGCCUAGGUAUCAAACUGGUGAGAGAGUACGUUAUAAAUGCAUUGGAACUUACGACAUUUUGGGGGACGUAGAUGUGACAUGUUUAAAUGGAACUUGGACAAAACCACCUCAGUGCAAAGACUCUCAAGGAAAAUGUGGGCCUCCUCCAACAAUAGAUAAUGGAGACAUUACCUCACUCCUCACACCUGUAUAUCCUCUGCGGUCAAUUGUGAGUCAGUGCCAGGCCUACUGUGAGCUUCAGGGAAACAGAAACAGUGUGGGUGAGAAUGGAGAGUGCGCUGAGCUGUCAAAGUGCUUGGAGGCCUGUGAAAUUUCAGAAGAAAUGAUGAAAAAACAUAACCUACAGUUAAAAUGGACUUCAAAAAAACUUUACUCGAAAACACAGGAUCGUAUUGAAUUUAUGUGUAAACGUGGAUAUCAUCCAGUGACACCAUAUCAUACAUUUCGAGCAGCUUGUCAGGAAGGAAAAGUGGUGUAUCCUCACUGUGGACAAAACACUGGUUAAAUACAGUUGUAUGUACAUGUACUGAGAAUUUUUCAUUAUUAAUCCAAUUCUCAGUUUAUCAAGUAUUGUUUAACUCAUUUUGAUUCAUAAAUCAGAUGUUAU